GGUACCUAGAUGCUACAAACCUGAUGACUUUGGGGAAGUAGAAAAGGUUGAACUCCAUCACUUUUCAGAUGCCUGUCAAGAGGGAUAUGGCCAGUGCUCAUAUAUUAGAUUAAUUAGCAAGACUGGCCAAAUUCAUUGUGCAUUAGUAAUGGCAAAGUCACGUGUCACACCUCUAAAAACCAUAACAAUUCCCAGACUAGAACUAGCAGCAGCAGUGGUGUCAGUUAGAAUCCAUAAACUCUUGAAGGGAGAACUUGAGUAUAAUAAUGUGGAAGAAGUAUUUUGGACAGACAGCAAAGUAGUCCUUGGUUACAUUGCAAAUGAAGCAAAGAGAUUCCAUAUAUAUGUUGCAAAUAGAGUAGAAACAAUAAGAGAUCACACUUCACCAGAUCAGUGGAAAUUUGUAGAGACACAGUAUAACCCAGCAGAUCAUGCAUCUAGAGGCAUGACAGCAGAUGAAUUGUGUAAUAGCAAGAUCUGGUGGAAUGGCCCAGAAUUCCUUUGGCAACAUAGCAAAAUGGAUAGCCAUUCCCAGUACAAGGUCAUAAAUGAGAAUGAUCCAGAAGUGAAGAAAGUUGUAUGCCAUGCUGUAGGUACACAACAGCCCACAGAUAUACUAGAAAGACUUGAGUAUUUUUCAGAUUGGUUUAAAGCAAAGAGGGCAGUUGCUGUAUGCCUCAAGCUUCUGAACAGCUUCAGAGGAAAAGGUGAUGGCACUACUAAAGUAAAGGGGAACACAUAUAAGCCAGUAAAUGUAGCAGAAGUGUCAGAAGCUGAAAAUGUAAUUAUAAAACAACUGCAAUCAAAGGCAUUCCAAAAGGAAAUAAAUGUACUGAAAUCAUCUGCUAACCAUAAUUCUUUAAUUAAAGGAGACAAUGGCAAGGGAACAAAAGUGAUAGACAAGACCAGUUCCCUCUAUAAGUUAGAUCCCUACAUUGACAAAAAUGGUAUCAUGAGAGUAGGAGGAAGAUUGAGGCUUUCUAAUUUGACAGAUGAAUCCAAACAUCCAGUCAUCCUCCCCAAAACAUCUCACAUAACCCAGCUGAUAAUAUGCCACCAUCACAAAAGGACAAAUCAUCAAGGCAGGGGCAUAACUUUAAAUGAAAUCAGGUCAUGUGGAUACUGGAUAGUAGGAGGAUCAUCCCUAGUAUCAAGGCACAUUUCAAAGUGCAUUAUCUGUCGUAAAGUUAGAAGUACAACACAGGGACAGAAGAUGGCAGACCUGCCUAUUGACAGACUAGAACCAUCACCUCCUUUUACAUACUCAGCAGUAGAUUUCUUUGGCCCUUUCUAUGUCAAAGAGGGGCGUAAAGAGCUUAAAAGAUAUGGAGUGCUCUUUACUUGCAUGGCAUGUAGAGCUGUGCACAUAGAGACAGCCAACAGCAUGGAUACAAGUUCCUUCCUAAGUGCAUACCGUCGCUUUGUAGGACGAAGAGGGCCCGUAAGACAGUUGAGAUGUGACCAAGGAACUAACUUUGUAGGAGCCAAAUCAGAGUAUGAGAAAUGCUUAAAAGAAUUAAAUAACAAUAAAGUCAGACAAGAACUCAUGAAAGAUCAGUGUGACUGGAUUGUUUUUAACAUGAAUGUACCCAAUUCCAGUCACAUGGGAGGUGUUUGGGAGAGGCAGAUACGCACAGUGAGAAAUGUACUCUCUGUGUUGCUUGAUCAGCAUGGUACUCAGUUAGAUGACCAAGAUCUGAGAACCUUCCUAGUUGAAGCAGAAAAUAUAGUUAAUGGUCGUCCCCUAACUGUGGACCAUCUUAACUCCCCAGAAAGUCUUACACCGUUGACACCCAGUAAUUUGUUAACUAUGAAAACAAAGGUAGUACUGCCUCCUCCAAGCAUUUUCAUUAAGAAGGACCUGUACUGCAUAAAGAGAUGGCGCAGAGCACAAUACCUGGCCAACCAGUUCUGGUCCAGGUGGAAAAAGGAGUAUGUGCAAUUCCUACAGCUUAGAAACAAGUGGACAACACCAAAGAGGAAUCUCAGUGUAAAUGACAUAGUUAUCAUCAAAGAUCAGAAUUUAGCAAGGAACCAGUGGAAACUGGGAAGAGUAACAGAAGUAUCUCCUGAUCAUGAUGGCCUAGUAAGAAAGGUUAAGGUCCUGGUUUCAGACUGUAAUCUCGACAACCAGGGAAGACACAUAAAGGCAAACAGGACCAUCAUAGAGAGGCCAAUACAUAGUCUAGUAUUGCUGUUAGAAGGUAAUGCAUAAUAAUAGACCGGAGCAUCCCCGCCAAGGAGCCAAUGUAACAAAACAUAUUAUGUGCUAAUCCUAGUUUUAAGGUACAUACUAAUCUUAAUUUAAGGUAAAUUGUUACACAAUUUAGGGGAGCCAUGUUACUGUGUGUAAAGCGUAUGUACCUCAUGUGAUUAUUCCUCGGCAUAUAUAAGUGAAAUGUUCAAUAGUUUUCUAUUUGCAUGAAAACGUGUAAUAUGUGUGAGUAUCAGUAUUUAAUGCUAUAUUAAGCACCGAAGCCGAUGCUCACUUGUUGGUAGUGUGGGGUUAACCUGCUAGUCGCCUUCGGGCAUCACUCACGGCCAAGUCGCGCUCAGACAAAGACGGGCAGGAUGGUGACCGAGUUCUUACGGUCAUGCCUACCUCAUCAAUAAACGUCAGAGAGAGAA